GGGCCCGAGCUCCGCCCGCCCCGGGAGCCGGCCCCUUGGAGCCUCGGGCCCUGCAAUGGGACGUGUUCUCCUUUAAGAGUUAAGAAACUUGAAACCUUGUUUGCGCAACAAUCAGCGCCGCGGAGCCGCCAAAGUGUCUAGACUGGCAUAUGAUGGGAGGCAGCCAAUGACUCCGCGGCGCUCCUCCGGGGGCCCUCAGUGUGCGUUUGAGGAGAACAAAAAAGAGAGAGAGAGCCGAGCGGGGGAGCGAUCGAGGGAGCCGAGCCGAGAGAAAGAGCCGCCGGGCGCUGCCUCGCCAGACCUCGCUGGGACCCGGGGGCCACCGGGAGGCACUUUUGCGGAGGGGGGAGGAGGGGCGACCUCGGCAGCCUCCGCGCCCGGAGCGUCCGAGCGCAGCGUGGGGCGGGCUGCGACCUCUGCCUCGGUGGACUGCAUUUUAAAUUAAGGAUCCCAGCAGCUCUUUGGGAUUUUUACAGCUUCCACUCAUGUGCUGACACCCGCGUCCAGGAGAAACUUGCUCCAAGUGCAUCUAGCGCCUGGGACCUGAGACGGAGUUGGCCUUUCGUGCAUGCAAAUCCAGGGAUUUAGGUUUUGUUUGGGAUUUCCUUUUCUUUCUUUCCUUUUUUUUUUUUUUUCCUUUUUUCUUUUUGCAGGGCGUAAGAAGGGAGCUGGGGGUAUCAACAAGCCUGCCUUUCGGAUCCUGCGGGAAAAGCCCAUGUAGUUAAGCGCUUGGGUUUAAAAGGCAAGGCUUUCCAUACACAUUUGGGAGUUCGGCGCGAGCGCUUUGUGCUCAUGGACCAGCCGCGCAACUUUUGAAGGCUCGCCGGCCCAUGUGGGGUCUUUCUGGCGGCGCGCCGCCUGCAGCCCCCCUAAAGCGCGGGCGCUGGAGUUGUCGAGCAGCCCCGCCGCUGCGGUCCGUGUAGCCCCUGGCCGCGCGCGGACUGCGGCUCGGCGUGCGCGUGUUCCCGGCCGUCCCGCCUCGGCGAGCUCCCUCAUGUUGCAGCCCUGCGGCGCCCCUUCGACGACAGGCUGUGCGCGGUCUGCGCGGCGCUCCGCGGCGGAGCUUCAUGUGGGGCUGCGACCCGCGCAGCCGGCGCCUCGCUGAGGGAACGGACCCCCGGUAAUCGGAGACCGCCUCCCCCCCACCCCUGGCGCCAAAGGAUAUCGUAUGUUCAGGUCCAAACGCUCGGGGCUGGUGCGGCGACUUUGGCGAAGUCGUGUGGUCCCCGACCGGGAGGAAGGCGGCGACGGCGACGGCGGCGGCGGCGACGAGGAUGGGAGCUUGGGCAGCCGAGCUGAGCCGGCCCCGCGGGCACGAGAGGGCGGCGGCUGCGGCCGCUCCGAAGUCCGCCUGGUAGACCCGCGGCGGCCCCGGGACGCAGUGGGACAGCGAGGCGCCCAGAGCGCGGGGAGGCGCCGGCGCGCGGGGGGCUCCCCCAGGCCCUUGUCGGAGCCGGGGGCCGGCGCUGGGAGCUCCCUGCUGGACGCGGCGGAGCCGGGAGGCCCGGGCUGGCUGCCCGAGAGUGACUGCGAGACGGUGACCUGCUGUCUCUUCUCGGAGCGGGACGCCAGCGACCCCCUGGCCGGCGCGGCCCUGGAGCCGGCGGGCGGCGGGCGGAGUCGCGAAGCGCGCUCACGGCUGCUGCUGCUGGAGCAGGAGCUCGAAGCCGUCACGUACUCGCUGCUGAAGCGGCUCAAGGAGCGCUCGCUGGACACGCUGCUGGAGGCGGUGGAGUCCCGCGGCGGCGUGCUGGGCGGCUGCGUGCUGGUGCCGCGCGCCGACCUCCGCCUGGGCGGCCAGCCCGCGCCGCCGCAGCUGCUGCUCGGCCGCCUCUUCCGCUGGCCCGACCUGCAGCACGCCGUGGAGCUGAAGCCCCUGUGCGGCUGCCACAGCUUCGCCGCCGCCGCCGACGGCCCCACUGUGUGCUGCAACCCCUACCACUUCAGCCGGCUCUGCGGGCCAGAAUCUCCACCACCUCCCUAUUCUCGGCUGUCUCCUCGCGACGAGUACAAGCCACUGGAUCUGUCUGAUUCCACACUGUCUUACACUGAAACAGAGGCCACCAACUCCCUCAUCACUGCUCCGGGUGAAUUCUCAGACGCCAGCAUGUCCCCGGACGCCACCAAGCCGAGCCACUGGUGCAGCGUGGCGUACUGGGAGCACCGGACGCGCGUGGGCCGCCUCUUCGCGGUGUACGACCAGGCCGUCAGCAUCUUCUACGACCUACCUCAGGGCAGCGGCUUCUGCCUGGGCCAGCUCCACCUGGAGCAGCGCGGCGAGGCGGUGCGGCGAACGCGCAGCAAGAUCGGCUUCGGCAUCCUGCUCAGCAAGGAGCCGGACGGCGUGUGGGCCUACAACCGCGGCGGGCACCCCAUCUUCGUCAACUCCCCGACGCUGGACGUGCCCGGCGGCCGCGCCCUGGUGGUGCGCAAGGUGCCGCCCGGCUUCUCCAUCAAGGUGUUCGACUUCCAGCGCUCGGGGCUGCAGCCCGCGCCCGAGCCCGAGGCCGCCGACGGCCCCUACGACCCCAACAGCGUGCGCAUCAGCUUCGCCAAGGGCUGGGGGCCCUGCUACUCCCGGCAGUUCAUCACCUCCUGCCCCUGCUGGCUGGAGAUCCUCCUCAACAACCCCAGAUAGCGGCGGCCCCGGCGGACGGGCAGGUGGGGGGCCGCGGCCCAGAGACACAGCCCCCACGGACGAGCACCCCCAGAUAGCAUCUACCUAGAUUUAAUAUAAAGUUUUAUAUAUUAUAUGGAAAUAUCUAUUAUACUUGUAAUUAUGGAGUCAUUUUUACAAUGUAAUUAUUUAUGUAUGGUGCAAUGUGUGUAUAUGGACAAAACAAGAAAGACGCACUUUGGCUUAUAAUUCUUUCAAUACAGAUAUAUUUUCUUUCUCUUCCUCCUUCCUCUUCUUUCCUUUAUAUAUAUAUAUAUACACACACACAUAUAUAUAUAUAUAAAAUGAUACAGCAGAGCUAGGUGGAAGAGCCUGGGCUUGGUGUAUGGUUUCUGAGCUAUGAACGCGCAGACAAAAGCUAAUACCAGUCACUCGAUAAUAAAGUAUUUGCAUUGUAGUUUUUUUUUUUUUUUUUUAAACUGUCUUCUUUUUACGAAGAGGGGCAGGUAGGGUUUCAGCAGAUUUCCAACCCGCCAUGUACUCUGAAACUUCACCUCAGUUCGCAAGUUUUACUUUUAUUGGAUAAAGAUAGAACAAGUUGAAAAGGGAGGAAAGUCACAUUUACUCCGAAGUAAACCAGAGAAGGUUCUGUUGUUCCUUCCUGCCCACGGCUGUGGUGUGUCUCUCGGAUAGGGAUGGGGGUGGGGAAAGGGAGAACACACUGGCCACUUUAUCAUGGACAAGCUCUUCCAGUCUGAUGGAGGAGGUUCAUGUCCUAGCCUAGAAGGGCCCAGGCCCACACCCACCAUCUUUGAGCUAUGAGCAAGCCUGAAGAAGACGCUAUUGCUCACCACUUUGUGGAAACAGCCUGGGGAACAAAGACUGAAAUGGGCCUUGAACCCACCUGCUGCCUUGCAGAACCAUCUCGAGCCCAUGGUGAGUAGAUUCUCUUAGGACCUAGACAGGCUAUUUCCCACCCCCAGCCAAAAAUAGCUCAGAAUCUGCCCAUCCAGGGCUGUAUUAAUGAUCUAUGUAAAGGCAGAUGGUUUACUUCAACUUUGUCAAAGGGAAAAGUCGAGGUUCUGGAAGAAUAAAUGACUUGCUCAUGAGACAAAAUCAAGGUUUGAAGUUACAUCAAAUUGUAGGACCAGAGCCAUAUCAUUAGAUCAGCUUUCUGAAGAAUAUUCUCAAAAAAAAAAAAAAAAAAA